CGGCUCCAGCUCUCUGCUUCUCCUCGAUACCGCCAGGCAGGCGGAACCCUUCCUUUUCGUGACGGUCAGAGGGCUCAGCCAUGGCCCUUGCGCGCAAGGCGGCCGUUGCCGCACUGGCCGGGUGCGCGGCCUCCCUGAGCGUGCACAGCGGUCAGGCCCCUGACCCAGCGCCGGCCAGCACGGCCAGGAUGACCACGCAGUGGAGCGAGACCAGGCUGGGCCCACCCAUGUCGGUGUCGGAUGCGUGCUCGGUCCCGUGGAAUUUCUCAACCCAGUCGGAGUGGAAGGAGCCGGACCCCAUUACUUUCCCGCACGCCGGCCUCGGCGCCCGCCGCGUCAUGACUGCCAUCAACGGCAUGUCGUACCAGCUGUACCUUCCCCCGAAGUGGAACAACAACUCGCUGCAUCCGUACCCGGUGCACAUCGACCUGCACAGCCACGGGGAGCGCAAGUGGACCCUGAAGAACUCGCAGGGCUUUGCCCGAAUGCUGGCCAGGAACCAAAGCACGUCGUUCGACAAUCGCUCUUGCUGGUGCCUCGACAGCACCCAGAGCUACUCGAUGGCGUACGAUGAGACCUCCUCGGCCCCGUACUACCUGGGUACGACCUCGGACACGGGCUGCCCCAUGGCCGACUGCACUUUUGCCGACACGUUCCCUGGCCUUGUCAUCAUGCCCCAGUGCUGGACUGGAAGUGCGACCCCAGGAUGGACCUCCGAUUGCCUCCUGAAGGCCAAGGACAUCGCCGCGUCCGUCAUCGCUACCUUCAAUGGCGACGCUGACAAGGUGGUCGUGAGUGGCACCUCUGAGGGUGGCGUGGGCGCCCUGGCGUUUGCGACGACGUACAAGUCCCUCGUCUCCGCUGUGGUCGUGACCGACGCGCCGACUGCGACCGUGGCGGGCGACCUGGACGGGGUGCCCGUCUACGUCACGGGCGACUCGUCGCACUCUGGCAUCACCGGCAUCGACGCCCUCGUCGUGGCCCUGCAGGCGCGCGCCUCCGGGGUGACCAAGUACACGCGGUUCGUGUCGGCGCCGGCGGCCGCCGACCCGGGGCGCUCGAAGAAGAAACAAUUCUUCACGCUUCGCGUACCUCAGCACCGACGGGCACAGCUCGGACAUCGCCUACCGCUGCCCCAACACCUGGAGCUGGGCCUACCAGUACAAGAACGCCGGCGGCCGCAGUGCGUGGGGCCUGGGCGAGUACCCCCACGUCGUCAUGGGCUGAGCGACGGCAUCGAGCCAGCCGAGAGAGAAGAGAAGCACCCCACACACAUGAUCGAGUGUUCGGAGGUCCGCGCGGAUGCCUUCGAUCGGCGCCGGGAAUCCCCGUGGCGACGCGAACCCCGCCCUGCGGCGUGCUCCGCGCUCUGGCGGCGUCGAUCGGAGCAGUCCGCUCGGACCUCCGCACGUCUCGUGUCUGUGCGGACGGGUGACGGGACGUGGCGGCCUCGACUGCGAGGACGACUGCGCGCGAGCUGCCCCCGUAAGAUGGCGCACGGGCACCCUCGUUUCCACAUGUGCGUGCCGCCCAGGCGACCCGCGUGAGACACCCGCCUCUUCUCGUCGCUCCGGUGCUUCUUCUGGCCGCGCCGCGCCGCCGGCAGCCCGCUUCUGGGUUCGGCCCGAGGGCGCCGCCGCCGCGCCCCUCCCCCGCUUCCCGUCCUCGCGCGCGGCCGCCCCAUCGUGCCGCGCGGGGCUGGGGGGGGGGGGGGCGGCCCGCGGAGGAAGGGCGGGAGGAGGAGGAGGAGGGGCUGCACGGCUAUUGCCGAGACCGUCCCAGGUUAGGCUGCCGGCGGCGAGGUUCAUCGCGCCUGCGCGCGUAUUAGCCUUUUGCCCUCAGUGCAUCGGCAGCGUCUUGCUGCCUUGGUAUCUCAAGCCCUUCCGUUGCCCGCACGACCAAACAUUGAUGGAGGCAGAUGCACA